CACUUUUGCAAUCUGGGCACGUCCUUAUUAUACAAUAUUCGAAAGACAAUGGAAAUGGAAUAAAAUGCUGAAACAUUAAAUCAGGGCGUCCCCACUAGCCUGAGUGGAACGCGGUAUUCCUGCCCGGCUCAGCUGAUAAAUCCGUCUUUUAUUCCGCCGCAUGCAGCCAUAAAAGCGCCAGCAGCUCAUUGUGCGGAGUGAUCUGAUACGGACUACACCCAGCCGCCGCCUCACUGCCCCAGCCUUCGCGGUGGUCAGCGUUGAAGUGUGAGUUGGAGACUGAAAUCGCGCCGCGGUUCUUCCUGCCUCCUCUUGUCCGUCUCUUUGGCAAGCUUGCCUUAGGAAGUGCAGUUUAUUUUUAAGUGUAGCAUUAAUUCACUGAGCAUGUCUUGGCAAAGCUACGUGGAAAACCUGAUGGCCGAUGGCAGCUGUCAGGAUAGCGCCAUUGUUGGGUAUACGGACGCCAAAUAUGUUUGGGCAGCUCAUCCUGGUGGGACUUUCAACAACAUCACGUCUCAAGAAAUUGAUGUCCUUGUGGGCAAAGACAGAGAGACCUUUUACACCAGCGGCCUGACUCUGGGCUCAAAGAAGUGUUCGGUGCUGAGAGACAGUCUCCAUGAUGAGGGCGACUGGACGAUGGAUAUCCGGACAAAGAGCCAAGGAGGAGAGCCCACAUACAAUAUCUCUGUUGGGAGAGCAGGAAAAGUUUUGGUUCUUGUAAUGGGCAAAGAAGGGGUCCAUGGAGGCGGCUUGAAUAAGAAGGCUUACUCAAUGGCAAAAUACUUGAGGGAUUCAGGGUUUUAAUGCUUUUCAAGCUUACUUAGGUCAAACUGAGGGACAAAAAAAGAAAGAUUGCUGUUAAGAUUUCUCCUUCAAGCAGUCAAAUGUCUUGGAAACUUUUUAAUAGCAAUGAAGAGUGGUAAGAUACUGUGUCACCUUUGUUCCCCCCCUUCAUCCUGAAAGGGGGAGACUUUUGAAUUUUGUUCAUUUUUUUUUGUUUCUUUUUUUUUUCUUUCUCCUGUGUGCUCCAGUAAUGGUUUUAGUGAUGGGAAAGGAGGCGGUCCAUGGUGGAACUUUAAACAAGAAGGCACAUGUAAUGGCUGAUUACCUGAGGAAGUCUGGAUAUUAAGCAGCAUCGCCACCUCCUCUACUUAGAAGCUCACUUACCUUUCAUCAUAUUGUGUUGACACUACUUUAAUGAUUAGGUGGCAUACAUUGUUCCUUUCUACCCAGUCUAUUUUUAUAUACAGCUUGUAGUUCACUUAACUCUCACUACAUUGUUUUCCCUCCCAGUUUGUUUAAUUUUUUUGGCACUACAGUUAUAGCAUGUUCUUUCAUAUGUUUAACCAAAAUGUCUUGUUAAAAAUGCAAAAUUAUAAUAAAAAGAUGUAAGCAAAAUUUGGACUUCCACAGCUUCAAUAACUGUCGUGUUUAUUAUGAAGAGGGGCAAACGUCAUGGUGACAGCUGGGAAUCACUCGAGAGAACUGUAUUUCCUCCCCAUCUCUGUUCUUUCCUAAAUGGCAUGUGGGCAUUCAGAAGUUACAUGCAUGCAUAUCCGUUAGCGCAUCGACUCCAGCUCAGCUCCCCAACCGAUCCAGCGUUCCAACCAAAACCAUCUUCUCAUCUGCCUCCCAUCCUCUGAACCUCCAUAGAAAACCACAUGGGAGGUGAUUUUAUUUUAUUUUAUUUUUUUUACUGUUGUACCUGAAUGUGGUCUUAAAGGUGAUUGGCGUGGUGUCGGGCUGUUGCGUCGGCCUUAUUGAGAUUGUCAUACGUCACAUCUCUCUGUGGACAUUCCCCCUGACAGCUGAGAGGUGUCGGUGUUGUCCAUUUGUAAAUUUUUUGCUGUAAAUCACAUUUGUGAGGUCCUCUCCUCUCCACGGCCCUCCACCCUCUCAUUUGGAUCAGUUUGCAGUACAAGACAUCACUCCAGUUGAUCCCAAAAGAUGGUUCUAGGCAACACCUAUUGACUGUAAAUUACUUGCACAACUUCAGAUGACUGUAAAACUGCUUCUUUAGACUAAAACCAUACACUACUAACUGAUUUGUUGCUGACUUCCUGUUCAACUAUUAAUCAAACAACAUUGUCAUCUUACUACAGUAUGAAUGCAUUUUUGACUGUAAACCAAGGCUGCUGGGUUCCACCACCACCUUGGGGAUUUUUUUUUUUGCCUUGUGCUUUAGUCAUUUAAAGUGUAUUCACAUAUUGUCAUAGUAUGGUACUGAAAAGUAAAUUUAAAAUGAAAAAAAAAAACCCGUUGCUGUGUUCACUAAACGUAUUGAAAAUGGUGUUGGUUGGAAUUAGAACAUUUGUAAGCUGUCUUGUGAAAUUUUGAGAAUACCUGUAUUCUGUGCCAUAAAAUCAAUAUCUAAUUUUGUUGCUACUCCAAGUUAGAAUUUUCUUCUUUUUUUUUUUUGAAAGAAAUUGCUUUUAAUGGCACUCUCAUGAAGGAUACUUUGGCAUUGGUUAUCUCCAGAUUUUGUGGGAAAUGUACAGAAAUAAACAAAAAACACCUGCAGUAUUUUGUUUUGAGUUGAAAGCUAAUGCCACAAAAAUGUUUGAAAAUGCCAUGAAUUGAUGUCUUGUUUACUGACAGAUGAAAUAAAAAAAUAAUGUUCCAACCAGAAAUGAA